AGAAAAGGAGCCUCUCAAAGACAUUUGGGGAGAAAAUAAAUAAGAAAAUAAGAAUCUACAAGAGAGAAAGGAGAAUUCCUCAGGACCUCUUUGAGGUCCAAAGAUCGAUUACAUUUGUAGAGGAGGUUGGUUUUGGCUUUUGAAUAUUGAUUCAAAACAAGAAAUUAUGAGUCAAAAGGGGAACAAUGGAGACAAAAAGGAAGAAAUGGUUGCAGUGGCAAUCGACAAGGACAAAGGAAGCCAAGCUGCAUUGAAAUGGGCUGUUGAUAAUCUUCUCAGCAAGGGUAAACGUGUUACCCUCAUCCAUGUCAAACAGAAGACAUCUAUUGCUGUUGCGAUGGGAAGUCAAGCUUCUUUAUGUGACAAAGGCGACGUUGCAAACACAUAUAAAGGUCCAACGGAUAGUAUAACCAAGGAGAUGUUCCUUCCCUAUCGUUGCUUCUGCACCCGUAAGAAUAUAAUAGUUACCGAAAUUGUUUUGGAAGAUACAGACAUAGCAAGAGCCCUUUGUGACUAUGUUAAGAACACCUUGCUCGAGACUUUGGUGUUGGGUGCUCCUUCAAGAAGUAGCUUUGUGAGAAGAUUCAGAAGUGUAGAUGUUCCAAGCAGCGUUUCAAAGGGGGCGCCAGAGUUUUGCACCGUAUAUGUUAUAUCGAAAGGGAAAAUAUCAAAUGUGAGAUCUGCCUCCAUUGCACUCCCCAACCAACCUCCUCGUCCGUUGCAGAAUCAAACUAGCCUUCCUCUCACUUCAACUGAUCCACGUCCAUUGCAAAGUAGUACACGAGGUAAUUAUGUCGAUAAGGUGCCAUUUUCACCUGUAACUACAGUGGAUGACAAGGAUUCAAUCAAGUCACCAUUCACUAGAAGUAAAGUUUCAAAUAGAUCAUACAGUGAGUUGUCGGCAGCAGUUACUGAUAUAUCAUUUGUGAGCUCUGGAAUGCCAAGCACAGAUCGCACAACCGCCUCAUUCGAUAGCCAGGAAAUAAAUAUUGUCCCUCGUCUAUCCAAUAGCUCUGACACGGACGGUCGACUAAGUUUUGGAUCUCCGUUCUCUGGAUCCCGAUCAUCUGAUCCAAAUAGUAGUUUUGGAGUCUUUUCAUCCAGCUCUCUGGAAAGUGGAAAUUUUUCGUGGUCAGGAUCCCAAAACUUGGACGAGGUAGAAGCAGAGAUGAGAAGGCUGAAGCAGGAGCUUAAACAAACAAUGGAGAUGUACAGCUCAGCUUGCAAGGAAGCAUUUACAGCAAAACAGAAAGCAUUGGAGCUUCACCGCUGGAAAGCAGAAGAACAACAGAGACUAGAAAAGGCACGACUGGCUGAGGAAGCAGCAUUAGUAAUUGCAGAGAAGGAGAAAGCAAAAUGCAAAGCAGCUCUUGAGAAGGCUGAAGCAGCACAGAGGAUAGCUGAACUUGAAGCGCGGAAAAGAAUCGAUGCUGAAACAAAAGCUCUCAAAGAAUCAGAAGAGAGGAGGAAAGUACUAGAUAAACUGGUCCACAAUGAUGUAAGGUAUCGCAAAUACUCAAUAGAAGAGAUUGAAGCAGCAACAGACCACUUCUCGGAAUCUCACAAAAUUGGGGAAGGUGGUUAUGGGCCAGUUUACAAGUGUUACCUAGAUCACACACAGGUUGCUGUAAAGGUUCUCCGUCCUGAUGCGGCCCAAGGACGAUCACAGUUUCAGCAAGAGGUUGAAGUUCUGAGUAACAUUCGACAUCCCAACAUGGUUCUCCUCCUUGGAGCAUGUCCCGAGUAUGGUUGCCUAGUCUACGAAUAUAUGGCAAAUGGGAGCUUAGAUGAUCGUCUCUUUCGGCGUGAAAACACUCCAGUGCUUCCAUGGCAACUCAGAUUCCGAAUAGCUGCAGAAAUUGGCACUAGCCUGCUUUUCCUCCACCAGACCAAACCUGAACCUCUUGUACACAGAGAUCUGAAACCAGGAAACAUUUUGCUCGACCGUAACUUUGUAAGCAAGAUCAGUGAUGUCGGCCUAGCCAGGCUUGUCCCUCCUAAUAUUGCCGACUCUGUUACACAGUACCAUAUGACAUCUGCAGCCGGGACUUUCUGUUACAUAGACCCCGAAUAUCAACAAACUGGAAUGCUUGGAAUAAAGUCUGAUGUUUAUUCUCUUGGAGUUAUGCUUCUUCAAAUGAUAACAGCUAGGCCUCCAAUGGGAUUGACACAUCAUGUCGAGAGGGCUAUAGAGAAAGGGACUUUUGUUGAUAUGCUCGAUCCAGCCGUUCCCGAUUGGCCUGUAGAAGAGGCCUUGAAGUUCGCCAAGCUAGCUCUUAAGUGCACAGAACUGAGGCGCAAAGAUAGACCAGAUCUUGGCAGUGUGGUAUUGCCUGAACUUAACAUGUUGAGAGCACUCGCUGAAGAAACAAUUCCAAACAUCACAUUGAGUAAUAGUCCACAGGGCAACCUAAGUCAAAUCCAAUCUAGUUCUCGAGUGAGUUGAUCAUGUAAAUAAGCUACAUCAUGCAUGAAAAAACAAAACAAAUCCACAGAAUUUCUCCUAUUCUUAUGUUCUAUUAUUCGGGAAUUGUUAUUUUAAAGAGCCCUGUUUUCACA